AUGCCUUCCCACGUUCACGAGAUUGGUACAGUCCACCGCAUCGCCUGUAUUCCUGGUGACGGCAUCGGUGUGGAGAUCACCGAAGCCGCCACUCAGGUCCUCACUAAGCUAUCAGACGUCCUAGGCGGCUUCCAGUUCGACUUCCACUCGUUUGACUGGAGCAGCAAGAAAUACCUCGAGCGAGGCUGGUACAUGCCGCCCGAUGGCAUCGAGCAGCUCAAGAAGUUUGAUGCUAUCUACUUUGGUGCUGUUGGCUGGCCAGACGUCCCAGACCACAUCUCCCUCUGGAACCUGAUCUUGCCGAUUCGCAAAGAGCUGAACCAGUACGUCAACAGACGACCAAAUCGAAUCCUCGAAGGAACCAAGAGUCCGCUGGAAGGAUGCAAGAUUGGCGAUCUUGAUUGGAUGUUCAUUCGCGAGAACAGUGAGGGAGAGUACUCAGGCCAGGGCGGUGUAAGCAACGAAAGUGCACCGCACGCAAUGGCAACCGAGAUCACCGUAUACACCCGCGUGGGAACCGAACGCAUCAUGCGCUUUGCAUUUGAGACUGCGCGGUCUCGACCGAAGAAGCACCUUAUCCUCUGCACAAAGUCCAAUGCCAUGAGGCACGGCAUGGUGUUCUGGGACAAGAUCUUCUACGAAGUCGCCAAAGAUUAUCCAGAUGUCAAGACCGAGAAGAUGCUGGUCGAUGCCAUCACUGUCCGCAUGGUCUUGCACCCCAAGUCAAUGGACACAAUUGUCGCCACCAAUCUGCACGCCGACAUCCUGACGGACCUCGCCGCGGCAUUGUCUGGAAGUAUCGGUAUCGCGCCGUCCAGCAACCUAGAUCCUACAAGAGCCAACCCAUCGAUGUUUGAGCCAAUCCACGGCUCUGCGCCAGAUAUCGCUGGGAAGGGCAUCGCAAACCCAGUUGGAGCAUUCUGGAGUGCAGCGGAGAUGGUUCGGUGGGUCGGCGAAGAGAAGGCUGCGGAUGCACUUAUGAAGGCGGUCGAGAAUGUGACAGCAAGGGGCGUCAAGACCAAGGACCUUGGAGGGAGCGAGAACACGAAGGGCGUGACAGAAGCCGUCUGCAAGGAGAUUGAGACUUUGUUCGGUAGCUCAUGA